AUGGCAGAGACGCAUAGCAAUAGCAGAACUAUGCGAUCAGUCAUUUUUGAUGGCCACCCGCUCAAGAUUCAUGUCCGCGAUGUUCCGAAGGCAAAAGUCGCCAGGCAAACUGAUGCCGUGGUUCGGGUCACUUCAGCCGCUAUCUGCGGCUCCGACCUGCACAACUACCACGGCGUCUUUGGUAGCAACCGGGUUCCUUAUCCUAUUGGACAUGAGGCCAUGGGUAUCGUCGAGAAGAUCGGAGCAGAUGUUGAUUCUGUGAAGGUUGGGGCUCGGGUCAUUAUCCCUGACAUUCCUGAUGGCGUUGGGCUGGAUUUAGAACCAGCAACCUACCCUGCAGUUGCAUUGUAUGGACAGGGAUCCGACUUUGGCAAUUUGGGAGGCUGCCAAGCCGAAUUCGUCCGUGUUCCACUUGCGGACAAGUCCUUGAUCAUUCUCGAUAAGGAAUUUGAUGAGAUCGAGGAUAAGGAUCUGGUUGUUCUUUCAGAUAUCUUCCCUACUGCUUGGAUGGGGGUCACCUGGUCGGGCUUCCAGGCCGGAGAUAAGAUCGCGAUCUUUGGGGCAGGCCCAGUCGGACUUCUUGCUGCGUACUCUGCAAUUCUCCGUGGGGCCUCUCGUGUGUAUUCCGUUGACUCUGUAGAAAAGCGACUCGAACUCGCAGCGUCCAUUGGAGCCAUUCCGAUCAACUUCACGAAGGGCGAACCGUCAGCGCAGAUUCUGGCCCGGGAACCGGGUGGCGUUCAGCGCACCGUAGAUUGUGUUGGGGAGGAAUGCGUCAACGAAAAAUUGAAGCCCGAUCAGUCCUUUGUUAUUACGCAGGCAAUUAAGUGCACCAGCGUGGGUGGUGGUUUGGGGGUUGUCGGGGUACACUUUGCUCAACCGAGUUCCAAAGGGGUUGAACGGGGCGACACCAUCUCACCAAAUAUGGUAUUCCCUAUCACGCUUUUCUGGGAGAAAAACUUGAGCAUUCGUGGCGGUAUAGUGGACAGCAAAUUAUUUGUUGAGCCACUGCUGGAACUUGUGAAAAGUGGCAUAGCUAACCCUGGUUUCAUCUUCUCCAGCAUCAUUGAUAUCGAAGAGGCACCAAAGGCAUACCAACGAUUCUCUGAUCACCUGGAGACAAAAGUCAUGAUAAAAUUCUGCUAG